CACUUCCGCCCCGGAAAAGCAAGGCCGCCACCAUCUUUUCGGUCCGGAGGUGAGUCAGCCUUGCACCCCUCACGACCCCUCCGAGCCUUUUCGGCCUGAGCGUGGGACUAGUCGCUACCUAGCCGGCCGUCUUAGGAUGGAGAAGUCGCGGCCGCCGGCGGCGGCUGAGAGACGGAGGGCAGAAGUUUGGAUCCCUCAGCUCUCCUCCCUCACUUACCAAGCAGCGCUGCUACUCCUAUCGCUGCAAGAAAAAGGGACUCCUGGGUCGUUGAACUUUCCAUCUACUCAUUUAAUCUGUGGGACAACAACCUUAUGAGUUAUGCCUUCCCAGGACUCUGACCUUCCCGAGAAGGAGCAGGAGAAAAUGACCAAGUUUCAGGAGGCUGUGACGUUCAAGGACGUGGCAGUGGUCUUCACCAUGGAGGAGCUGGGGCUGCUGGACUCCACCCAGAGGAAGCUGUACCGGGAUGUGAUGCUGGAGAAUUUCAAGAACCUGGUCUCAGUGGGACAUCUUCCCUUCAGGCCAGAUAUGGUAUCCCAGUUGGAGGCAGAAGAAGAGCUUUGGAUGAUGGAAGGAGAACCCCAAAGAAAUGGGUAUUCCAGGGAAGACCACGUGGCUGUUCCUUCAGGCAGCAAGAAUCAAAAUGAGAUGGAGACACUUCGAAAAGUUGCAUUGAAAUACCUUUCCCAUGAAGGACUAUCCUGCUGGCAAAUCUGGAAACAGGUUGCAAGUGAUUUAACCAGGUGUCUUCAGAGAAAGCGUUCUCAGUUACUACAAGGUGAUUCUGUUCAGGUUUCUGAAAAUGAAAAUAGUGUAAUGAAUCAUAAAGGAAAUGGCUCCACUUACACUGCAAAUCAAGAGUGGUCAAUUUUGAGAACCCAGGACUCUUGUGGGAAUACAUACCUGCGUGAGUCACAGAAUCAGAGUAGAGGUCAGCAAAUUCACAUGAAAAAUAACCGGCAUAUAUGUGAGGCCUUCAUGCAGAAAUCACCACUUAUCGAUCAUAUUAACACUGACACAGAACAGAAACCUUACAGAUUCAGCAAAUGUGGCAAAAGCUUGAGUGACGGCUUCAAUCAUCAUAUACCCCCAGGAAAGGAAUUCCAACCAUGUCGUGAGUGUGGAAAGGGCCUCAGUUAUAGCUCGGUGCUUCCACAUCAUCAGAAUGUUCACGCAAGAGAGAAAUGCUCUAGUCAGAGCUCACAUCUGCAGACCCGUCAGAGAAUUCGCCCAAGAGAGAAACUCAGUAAAUGUCAUGGAUCUGGUGAUUGCUUUAGUAAGAGCUCUUUUCAUCCACUUACCCACACAGGGGAGAAGGCCUAUAGAUGUGACAGUUGUGGCAAGGGAUUCAGUAGCAGCACCGGCCUUAUCAUUCAUUACAGGACUCACACUGGAGAGAAACCUUAUAAAUGUGAGGAGUGCGGGAAAUGCUUUAGUCAAAGUUCGAACUUUCAGUGCCACCAGAGAGUCCACACUGAAGAGAAACCAUAUAAAUGUGAAGAGUGUGGUAAGGGCUUCGGUUGGAGUGUUAAUCUUCGUGUUCAUCAGAGGGUCCACAGGGGUGAGAAACCCUAUAAAUGUGAGGAGUGUGGGAAGGGCUUCACUCAGGCCGCGCACUAUCACAUACAUCAGAGGGUCCACACUGGGGAGAAACCUUAUAAAUGCGACAUCUGCGGUAAAGGCUUCAGUCACAAUUCGCCGUUGAUAUGCCAUCGGAGAGUCCACACUGGAGAGAAACCAUACAAAUGUGAGGCAUGUGGGAAAGGCUUUACCCGCAAUACAGAUCUUCACAUCCAUUUCCGAGUUCACACGGGAGAGAAACCCUACAAGUGUAAGGAGUGUGGGAAGGGCUUCAGUCAGGCUUCUAAUCUUCAGGUCCAUCAGAAUGUCCACACUGGGGAGAAACGAUUCAAAUGUGAAACGUGUGGGAAGGGCUUCAGUCAGUCAUCCAAGCUUCAAACCCAUCAGAGAGUCCACACAGGAGAGAAGCCAUACAAAUGUGAUGUGUGUGGGAAGGACUUCAGUUACAGUUCCAAUCUUAAACUGCACCAGGUGAUUCACACUGGAGAAAAACCAUAUAAAUGUGAGGAAUGCGGGAAGGGCUUCAGUUGGCGAUCAAAUCUUCAUGCUCAUCAGAGAGUCCACUCUGGAGAGAAACCCUAUAAAUGUGAGGAGUGUGAUAAGAGCUUCAGUCAGGCUAUAGAUUUUCGGGUACACCAGAGAGUCCACACUGGAGAGAAACCAUACAAAUGUGGUGUUUGUGGUAAGGGCUUCAGUCAGUCCUCUGGUCUUCAGUCCCAUCAGAGAGUCCACACUGGGGAGAAGCCAUACAAAUGUGAUGUGUGUGGAAAGGGUUUUAGGUACAGCUCACAGUUUAUAUACCAUCAGAGAGGCCACACUGGAGAAAAACCUUAUAAAUGUGAGGAAUGUGGGAAAGGCUUUGGAAGGAGCUUGAACCUUCGCCAUCAUCAGAGGGUCCACACAGGAGAGAAACCCCAUAGAUGUGAGGAGUGUGGUAAGGCCUUCAGUCUCCCCUCAAAUCUUAGGGUCCAUUUGAGUGUUCACAUUAGGGAAAAACUGUUUAAAUGUGAAGAGUGUGGGAAGGGCUUCAGUCAGAGUUCACGUCUUCAAGCCCAUCAGAGAGUCCACACUGGAGAAAAACCGUACAAAUGUGACGUAUGUGGUAAGGACUUCAGUCACCGUUCACGUCUCACAUACCAUCAGAAAGUCCACACUGGCAGGAAUCGUUAAAAGUGAAGAAUGUGUUAAUGGCUUCGGUCAGGAUGCACAUCGUCACGUGUUUGGAGAGUCCAGGCUGGUAAUAAACUAUCAAGCAUUGAGAAGAAAGGGAUUUCUUCAGAUAGAAUCUUUCUAACAAAUCCAUUAAAAUAAUGGCAUGGAACCCUAAUAACAGA